AUGGCUCUUCCCCUUGGCGACCAUGUCGAAGUAGAGCAUGGCGGAGAGAGUUCGGAGAAGGGCUUCACAGGGCGUCAUCCGGAAGGAGGCCAUGCGGCGGCGACGGCGGCGGCGGUGACGUCGCCAACGGAAACCGUCCGGCGAAAGAUUUAUUACCGCCGCCCGGGUAGUCCCAGGAGAGCCGCCUCGGUAUCCCGAUCUUCUUCUUUUACUUCCGCUUCUUCUGCUUCUUCGUCUUUGUCGUCCCCGUCCUUCCCGAGUGAGCCAACGCCGUCGUCACGCUUGCCGCACCCUCUCGCGUCAUCGUCAGGAGAUGGAAGGGCCGGCCACUCCGGUGGAAGCACUAGCUCCCGGGAACGAGCGCGGACGGGGGCAGAGAUACAGCGCGGGCUCGUGGGGAAGUGGCUCAUGGGGGGAGACGCUGCGCCCGUUGCUCUCGAUCCUGUCGUAGUCGAUGCCAAGAUGGACGGCGAGGGCCAGACGGGGCGAACGGUUGUUGGAGGCGUGGGAAGGUGUAGUGGGAUGGUGAGUGUGAAGGCCAGGACGGGCAAAGAGGAGAAGGAGAAGGGGAAGGAAAGGGGGCGGGGAUGGGGCUGGACAGGCUGGUGGUAG